AUGCUGACUGUAGAGGACAAGGACAUAAAGGGCUUCACAUGGGCCAUAGCCCCAGCCUUGACCAUACUGGGCUACCUGCUCAUACUGCUGGUUGCCAUUUUCCCCUUCUGGGCGUGCCUUGUGAAUGAGGAAUCCUGUGAGGCGUUUUUCAGUGGCCUGUUUGAAAACUGCUUUCCUUUCAAGUGCUAGAAGCCUUGACCCUUAUCCAUUUACAUCAUCCUCAGCUGCGUUUUCUUGCUGUCUGCAGUCGUCUUGUCUGCCCUCACCACCCCCAUUGUGGUGUCUUUUGCAUCUUAGCCCCUUCCAAGGACCCGGAUGCACAAUUUUGUAUCAGCCUCCAUCAGCUUCCUCACAGGGGCUUGUGCUUUCCUGGCCUUGUUGCUGCAUGCCCUGGAGAUCCAGAGUCUGAUGGUGAAGCCCAGCCCUCCCUAAUUCUCUGCGCAGUAGCCUUACUACAUCCUGCGCUUUGGCUUCUUUCUGUUCAUAGUGGCUGGUGAGUGGUGUCUAAUUUCUGAAUUUAUGUGUCAUUUAUUAUCCAUUUCCCAGAGUAUUGAGAAGACCCAAGAGAUCUUGCACCUGGAGAAUCUGGAAAGUUUGGGAGGACUGAGUUCAAUACAAAAGGGGACCCUGCUGAAGGAAGAGAUAGUUAUCUAG